UGGUGUUUCGGAGAUCAGAUUCGCAAAACUCCUUUGAAGGUUGAAAUCUAACGGUCCACGUAACCCUCCAGGCUUCGCAUCACCGUCCAUUUCGAUGAGGAAAAAAUCGGAAGAAGCAGACGUGCACGAUGCACCAUACUGGUGAUACACACGGCACCUGAAGCACUGCACGAAGAAACAGAAAAUCGGAAUACAAAUUUGGGCAGCAGAGAGAGGAAGCCAACAAAAGCCAGAAGCUCUUGGAUUGGAUCAUCCUCAACAAUGUUCUCUCGAUUCUUUAACAAAUCUCCACCGCAGCAACGCCCUCAGCAACAGGACGUGGCUCAAGAGAGUUUUCCGUCGGGGAAUUUUGAUCCACGUGUUGUUCUUCACUAUGGCGUUCCAUCUAAUGCGUCUAUUCUCGCUUUUGAUCACAUUCAACGUCUAUUAGCAGUGGGAACACUUGAUGGAAGGAUGAAGGUGUUUGGUGGUGACAAUAUUGAAGGGACUCUUAUCUCUCCCAAGCAAGCAUUCUUCAAAAAUUUAGAGUUCUUGGAAAAUCAAGGUUUUCUUGCCAGCGUCUCAAGUGAUAACGAAAUACAGGUUUGGGAUUUGAAAAGCAAACAAAUUGCUUCUGCCUUGCAGUGGGAAUCCAUCAUAACUGCUUUCUCUGUUAUUUAUGGCACCAGUUACAUGUAUAUUGGAACUGAGCAUGGGAUGGUAUAUGUGUUGAUGUUCGAUUCUGAAGACAGAAAAAUUAAAAUAUUACCCUAUUAUGUUCCCACAAAUGUCAUAUCUGAAGCGGUUGGGAUGUCGCUUGAUCAUGUUUCAGUUGUCAGAGUUCUCCAUCAACCUUCUUCUAAUGGAAAAAGACUGCUAAUUGCAUACGAAAAUGGUUUGAUGGUACUCUGGGAUGCUUCUGAAGAUCGAAUUGUUCUCAUUAGAGGCCACAAGGACAUCAAAUUGAAGAGAAAAAUAGUGACUAGUUAUCCAAAUGACUCUAGGGUUCAGCUUUCUGAUGAUAAAUUAGACCAUGAAGAGGAGGAUAAGGAGAUAAGCUCUGUAUCUUGGGCAUCUAAUGAUGGAUCGGUGGUUGUUGUGGGUUAUGUAGAUGGUGAUAUAAUGUUUUGGGAUUUGUCAACUGCUGACUUUCCCCCUGACCAACAAGUUGAAAGAUUGUCAAACAAUGUUGUCAAGCUUCAAUUAUCAUCAGCUGAUAGAAGACUCCCUAUUAUUGUUCUACAUUGGUGUGCCAAUAAUAGCGGGGGGAAACUUUUUGUCUAUGGUGGUCAUGAGAUUGGAUCUGAAGAAGUUCUAACAGUUCUGAGCAUUGAUUGGUCCUGUGGGAUUGAAAAUCUUAAGUGUACUGACUGCAUAGAUGUUACACUUCACGGUUCUUUUGCUGAUAUGACUUUGUUAUCUACUGAUUGCCAUACAGAAGGAGCUUGUAAUAUGCUAUUUAUAUUGACCAGUCCUGGACAACUGGAUCUUUAUGACAAUGAUUGUUUGUCCUCUACAAUUUCUCAGCAAGAAAAGAAGGCUUCUGUUCCCCCAGUGCUGUAUCCCAUCCUCAUACCCACUCUUGAACCACACAUGACAACAGCAAGGCUUGAUGUGGUAUGUCAAGAUGUGAAGUCAUUUAGAGCCCUGUUCGAGAUUCUUGUAGCUGCAAAGCAUCGUUCAAUACAAAAUAAAAAAAGUAUUGGUAUAAAGUGGCCUUUGACUGGUGGUGUUCUAGGUCAGCCUUUCAAAGAAAACCAUCCUAUCAUUCAAGUAUACAUAGCAGGUUACCAAGAUGGAUCUGUUCGGAUAUGGGAUGCUACAUAUCCUGCUUUUUCACUUGUUUAUGACAUAAAAUCUGAGGUUAAUGAUAUUAACAUUGGCAAUGCAAGUGCUCCUGUGUCAGCAUUGGGUUUUUGCCCUGAUACUCUACAUCUUGCUGUGGGCGAUGAAAGUGGUGUUGUUCGUCUAUAUGGGCUAAUAAGGAGUUCAGAUGACUCCACUUUGCACUUCGUGACAGAAAAUGGAACUGAAGUUCAUAAUACGCAUAAAGGGGAUGGACCUCAUUGCAAAGCUGUGUUUUCCCUUCAAAAUUCUGCUGUAUACAGCCUACAGUUUGCAAACUUUGGAGGGAAGCUUGUUGUCGGAUAUGAACAUGGGCAGGUGGCUAUGCUUGAUAUCAGUUCAUCAUCAGUUCUGUUUGUUACGAAAACUGAAUCUAACACUUCUUCGGCAGUUGUUUCUAUGCAUGCAAAUUUUUCAGACAGCAGCUUAAACAAACCACUGGAAUCUGUAUCUGAUAUUUCUGAAAAUCCUGGAAUGGGACUAGUCUAUGUUAUGACAAGGGAUGAACACUUUGUUGCAAUAGAUACCAUGACAGGGAAUAUGGCUUGCAGUAGAACAAUGAGCCCCAGCGUAAAAUCAAAUGUAAUUUCAAUGCACAUUAUAGAUGGUAGUACUUCUGACCUAUCUGCUGAAAAACUGACAUCCACCUCACCUCAGAAGAGUGAUUCAGGAAUGCAAGCUAACAUCCAAUCUGAAAAUGCACAAGUUGAAGAUGAAAGUGCUGUUACUGUAGAAAAUUCAUAUUUUGGACAGAUAAUAUCAAACUCACUCAUUUUACUUUGUUAUGAGAAUGAAUUGAGCCUACACUCUUUAAAUUUUGUGAUUGAGGGUAGCAGUAAGUACAUACGAAAGGUGAACCUUGUACAACGAUGCUGCUGGACUACAACUUUCAAGAAAGAUGAGAAAGAGUGUGUUUUGGUUCUUCUGUAUCAAAGUGGAGACAUUGAAUUAAGGUCCUUGCCAGCUUUGGAAGUGUUGGGAGAAAGCUCUUUAAUGUCGAUCCUCAGAUGGAACUUGGAAACCAACAUGGUGAAGACGAUAUGUUCUUCAUCAAAUGGAAAAAUUAUUCUGGUCAACGGGAAUGAAACUGCUUGCAUAUCACUGUUGAACUGUGAAAAUGAGUUCUGGACUCCAGAGUCUUUUCCUUGUCUUCAUGAUGAAGUUCUUGCAGCUGCAGUAGAUGCUACAGCAAGUCUAUCUCCAAAGCAAAAUGAAAGAAAGGGAGCAUCUUCUAUCUUUGUUAAUAUAGCUAAGAACUUUAAAGCGGGGAAUGCGGAUCAGAAUGCAAAUCAAUCAGUUCAUACUAAUAGACUGGAAAAUUUAAAACAAUUAUUCUCCAGUCCUCCUUUCUUAAAGUCUUCCUCGAGCACAGUAGAUAAGCAAGAUCCUUUUGCGAUUGACAUAGAUGACAUUCAAAUUGAUGAACCUGUAGUCUUCUCAUCUCCUCAGAAAAUCGAUAUUGACAAGAGAGAUAAAGGGAAAGGAACAGACAGACAGAAAUUACUUGAAGAAGCAAGCUCAGACUUGAAACCAAAAGCUAGAACAGCUGAGGAAAUUAAGGCUAAAUACAGAAAGACGGGCACAGGGGAUGCCUCGGCAGCAGCUGCACUUGCAAGGGAUAAACUUGUAGAGCGGCAAGAAAAGCUCCAGAUACUCAACGAACGUACUGAAGAGUUGCAAAAUGGGGCACAAGACUUUGCAUCCAUGGCAACUGAGCUCGCCAAAAGAAUGGAAAAUCGUAAAUGGUGGCAGUUAUGAUUGGUUGCAUGAUUUCUUAUUUUCAUCGACACGCUUAUGCAUCUCCUUUCGAAGUUGAUCGAAGUUCUGGAAUGGAGAACUGGCCUCGCAGUUUGCAAAGGUAGCUCUGAUUCCAUGCUUACUUACUGUUUGUAAACAUAUUUGAUGCAACGUAGUGCAUGUUAUUAUUAUUAUUAUUUUAUUUUGGGAAAUGAUAGUUGUACAACAAUUUGCACAACAAAAUAUACAACUAAGAGAGAAAAAGAGAUAAAAGGACAAAAAAAAUGAAUUUAAAUUGUAAUAAAUGACAAAAUUGAGGAGAGAGAUACACAAAAUAUGAUGUUGUAUAAAUUGUUGUACAACUUGUAUGUGUAUCAUAUCUCUUUUAUUUUUAUGACGCACCUAUUAGUGUAAUUCUUUUGAGAUAUUAGUGUAAUUUUUUUUAUUGUGUACA